AAUCAUCUUGUGUUCACAGAAACUGAUACAGAUGUUCCACGAGUAUGAUCUGAACAAAAACUCCACCUUGGACGAGACAGAAACAGCAGCCCUGAACGCCAGCCUGUUCUGGAAGGUUCCGCGAGUUGGUUCCAACUGCAUCACGGACACGGAGUACGGAGGUAUCCCACCGGUCAUCUUCCUGCUGACCAGUCUGGAGACCUUACACCUGGACUUCCAGGCCAUCACGGCGGUGCCCGUCCACAUGUGCCGUCUGCAGAACCUGAAACUGUUGAGUGUCUGCAACAACCCCCUGCUGGAGAGUCUGCCCGGCUCUCUGGGCCAUCUGCCCAGUCUCAAAACUCUGAAGCUGGUCAGCAACCCGUCCCUCCGCACCCCGCCCCAUGAGGUGGUCAGUCGUGGCUUCAUGUCCAUCAAGGCCUACCUCAAACGUCUGGCGGGCGGGUUCACAGAGUGCAGGCGAACCAAGCUCAUGUUUGUCGGUCUGGGAGGUGCAGGAAAGACCAGCCUGCUGCGUGCAUUGAUGAGUGGCAAGAAGAAGACGGCUGGCACCAGCGCGGAGGACAUCACUGACGGCAUUCAGAUCCAGCCAUGGACCGUGCGGACCAGCGACGACAUAGAGGUCACCUACAGCACCUGGGACUUCGCUGGACAAACGCUUUACUACAACACUCACCAGUUUUUCCUGUCCAAGAGAGCUGUUUAUCUCCUGCUGUGGUCUACAAGGCAAGGGUUCGAACACGCUGGUUUAGAGUUUUGGCUGAGUUCUGUGGCCAGCCACGCCCCCAAAACUCCCAUCUUUGUGGUGGGCACACAUUGUGACCAGUAUUGA